GCAGUGUCUGGCGUGGUGGGUCAGAACAGGUGAAUGUCAGACAGCUCUGGAGAAAGCGGGCAGGUGAGCUUUCCCUGAGGGUUUUGGCCACGAAGGUGCUUUUCCUCUGACUCCUUGAGCCAGUCAGCAAGUGUCUUAAUCGCACUCAAUCAGUCCUCCAAAAAGCCCCACCCACUCACUGAGCCCAUUCAAGGCCGGACUGAAAAUGUGUCCCGCCUUUCCCAGAGAGCCCAGCCCCGCUGCCAGGAAAGAGCCUGACUGCUCCCCAGCCGAUCUCAUAGGAACACCCCAGACCUCCAGCAGCUCCGGGAGUCCAAACACCAGCAGUGGACCAAGGCCCUACAGCUGCCUGCAGCCAUGUUGGCCCUCAGCCUGCUCCUGCUGGGUCUGCUCUCCGCAGUGGCACCUGCCAGCUGUCAACAAGGUCUGGGGAACCUUCAGCCCUGGAUGCAGGGCCUUAUUGCUGUGGCCGUGUUCCUGGUCCUGGUUGCAAUCGCCUUUGCUGUCAACCACUUCUGGUGCCAGGAAGAGCCGGAGCCUGGGAACAUGGUCAUGAUUGUUGGAAGCAAGGCAGACGGGGUCCUGGUGGGAAUGGACGGCAGAUACUCUUCAAUGGCGUCUGGUUUUAGGUCCAGUGAGCACAAGAAUGCCUUCGAGAACAUUCUGGAGGAAGAGGGCAGGGUCCGCAGCACACCCAUGUGACAAGCUCCUCUAUGGCCCCAGUCCCCAGGCUAUGGGGCACAUAGAGUCGAUGCCAGCACUUCACCCCAUCUCUGCCCUGCAGGGAUCUAUUGAGAGCUGCCCCUCUCGGCUCUCGUGAGUCACAGCCAAACUGAGCACAGGAUGCACUGUGGCCCUGGGGUCUUCCACCCAAUUCUGAGGAGCCCUCACCUUUCAUCUCCCUCCUCCUGCGACUAUGGAAGUGGCCCUGAUUUCUACGAAAUAAAGACUUUUUAUACUUCUGGGGCAAAGACUCAGACCCAGCUUCCAGGCUCCAAGCACGGCCUCGCCCAUUUCUUCCCAAUCACUGCCUUCUAGGGUCCAUGGCCAUUGGAUUUAUGGAUUACCCAGGAAGCUCUGGACCUUCUGGAUUUUUCCUUUACAGCACACCACCCACUCUGUCCAGCUCUCUCCCCUCCCCAGGGCUCCAGAGUGUUGGGCUAGCAUAUGGGAAAGAAAACCGUGGAGCUGAGAUGGACUAGACAGAACCCAGGCCUCACCCGUAUCCUGGCUCAGCUCUCAGUCAGGGAAACAUCCUGGAAGAGAAGAGACCAGGAGGCUCUGAGGCAAGUGCCGCCUGGCCCAGCUCCUCUGUGUCUGUGUGUCUCACUGAACAACACUGGUCCCUCUUUCUGUGGCAAUAACCCAGAACAGACUCAUUUCAGAUCCAGCGGAAGUGUGUGGAGAAGGCGGCCAGAGCCUCCUUGUUUCCAGAUGUUUCUCUGCCACCGACCUCACCUUUUCACAGUGCCUUGCUUCACGGUCACAGCGAUGACUUUGUGGUCUAAGGCUUGCCUGAAUGUCUCAAGGAAUACCCACAAACCAUCUCUCUGGGGUUGAGGAGCCAGCCUGCAAUAGAGGGAGAGCUGAGCAGAGAAGGGGGAGCAGUGUUUCUGUUCUAGGUCUCUCUGCCUUGCUGUGUGAUCUAGGGCAAGUCUCCUUCCCUCUCUGGUCUUCAGCUUUAAGGAAUUGAUGGCUCCCCCUGUGAUGAUGCUUUGGGCAUUUGCCCUCUGCGGGUUUCUGCAACUCAUGCAGCCCUGACACAUCUCUGCCAGUUUAGAGUGUGUACCUAUUCUUCUCAGCUAUCCCUUGAUUAA